AUGGCCACCAUUUCACCAAUCCUUUUAAUUUAUCAGCAAUUCUGCAGUUCUCCUGGCUCUUCACUUUCCCCCUCUGUUCCUCCCACUGCAUUGCCUUCACCUUCAGGUCGAUUUGCAUUUGGGUUUUACAAGCAAGGCAAUGGCUUCAAAGUUGGAAUCUGGUUAUCUGGGAAUAAUAAGACAAUCGUCUGGACUGCAAAUCAUGAUGACCCUCCCGUCUUCUUAAAUGCAAGUCUUGUUCUAACCAAAAAUGGUGAGCUUCUUCUGCAAACAGGUCCAGGGGAAAAGAAGGUUAUUGCUCAUAGUAACAAUGGAACUAUUUUCUAUGCUUCAAUGCUUGAUUCUGGAAACUUUGUUCUACGAAAUAAAAGUUUACACAUCCUUUGGCAGAGUUUUGAUUACCCAACCGAUACUAUGUUAGGGGGUCAAACUCUACCUUCUAGGCAUCAAUUAGUGUCUAGUUCAUCAGACACCAACCAUUCUUCUGGAAGAUUUGAACUCUCAAUGCAGGCUGAUGGAAACCUUGUUUUGUACCCACGAUAUUCUGGUGACACAAGUUGGGAUCCUUACUGGGCCUCGAAUACUGGUUAUGACACUAUUUCCAAAUAUUAUCUUUUCGUCAACAACACAGAUUCUCAGCCUCUAUGUAUUGUAAAUGCCAGUAGUACUUCAGGCCAAAACAUACUCAGGAAGAUGGGCGAUAGCAGCUUCAAAGGAAACAAAACUACUGCUUACCGUGCAACUAUUGAUUUUGAUGGAGUUUUACGACUCUAUGCUCAUUUCGAAGACGCAAAUCGAAAACAUCAAGUUAGAAAGUUGUGGUCACCAUCAGAGUUGGACAAUCAGUGCAACGUGAAGACAUUUUUCGGGUUCAAUAGCUAUUGUACCACCAAUGAAAUGGAGCCAGGUUGCAAUUGUCUUCCCGGAACUGAUUUUAUAGAUCCAAGUCAUAAGAAUCUUGGAUGCAAAAGGAACUUCUUAGAAGCAGAAUGUAAAGGAGGGAAAGAUAAUAUGACUUUACAUUCCAUGUACCCCAUGACCAAUAUGGCUUGGGUUGAUCCCCCUUACAUUGAGGACGAAAUUCAGGAGGAGCAAUGCCCAUCAUCUCCAAUAACAGUGAAAGCAGAUGUUUAUAGCUAUGGAGUAAUGCUUUUGGAGAUUGUAUUUUGCAGAAAAAGCCUAGUGGUGAACAUGUCAAAUCCAGAGCAAAUUGUUCUGUCCAAUUGGGUGUACAAGUGCUUUGCUCGGCGAGAGCUAAACAAGCUGGUUGUUGGGGAAGAAGUGGAUAUUAGUUUACUGGAGAAUAUGGUGAAAGUGGGGUUAUGGUGUAUUCAAGAUGAACCUUUUCUUCGGCCAUCGAUGAAAAGCGUGGUGUUGAUGCUUGAGGGAGUUACGGAAGUGGCUAUUCCUCCUUGUCCAUCUCCUGAUUCUAUUUGA